CAUUCUCUCUCUAUAAGGGUUGACUCUUAAAGAAACCAAACCCAGAGAUUCUCCUUCUCUCUACUCUUCUCUCUCUUUUCUCACUUUCUUUCUUCAAAUUUCAAAUAUUUUGCGUCUGAAUCACACCGCGUCCACCAAAUCCUCCAUGCCCAUCUCUUAAAAUCCGAUUCUUUCCUCCGCAAAUCUCGAUUACUCCAAUACCCUUUUCUCUAAGAUUCGUCCUUAUCCCAAAUCUUUAGGCUUUGUUAGCCACUUGUGAAUUGUAUGGUGGUCAAAAUGAAACAGAUCAUGCGUUGGCCACCGUGGCCUCCGCUCUUCGCCGUCAAAUUCGACGUGAUCGUCGUUGUUCACAAGAUGGAUGGUUUGUUGGAUUCCGAUUGUGAUGGCGAUGAUAGUACUGAUCAGAGUCAGCGAGGAGGGACUAUAAGGAAGAGACCUGUUGUUGAGAUCAAGUGGAAAGGACCUAAAUCGGUUACUCUCAAACGCUCCGUCGUACGGAAUUUCACCGAAGAAGGUGGAUUUCGCGGCGAUGGCGUCGUUGAAUGGAACGAAGAGUUCAAGAGGGUUUGCGAAUUCUCUGUUUACAAGGAAGGAUCGUUUCUUCCAUGGAUCGUUUCUUUAACCGUCUUGAGUGGACUGAAUCAAGGAUCGAAGGAGAAAGUUCGUAGCUUUGGAAAGGCAUCACUGAACAUUGCAGAACACUUUUCAUUGAUGAAAGAAGAUGAUGUUCAAGUCAAAGUGCCUCUGACGAAUUGUGGCUCAUCAUCUGUUCGAAGUCCAUGUCUUCAUAUAUCACUUCAGUUUUCUCCUAAAGAAUCAUUGCCUGAAAGACAGAGAUCUGCUCUUCCUGUUCUAUGGUCUCCUCUUUCCGCAGAGGCUGAGAAAGCUGAGUCUGUUGUUAAAGUAGGCCUGAGAAAGAUGAAAACCUUCAACAGUUGCAUGUCUAAUACUCAGGCAUCGGAAAAGGAGACUGAGAAAGAUGGAAGCAGCGGAAGCGGAAGUGAAGGCAAAAGUCCGGAGAGAAAUCUUGAUUCUGACUCUACUUAUCCUUUUGAUACUGAUUCUCUAGAUGAAGGUGAUGCUGCGGAUGAAUUAGAAGAGAACAAAGAGAAUGAAAGUAGCUUAGCUGAUCCAGUUAAUUACAAAACACUUCGAUCUGCUAAUUGGGCUAGAGGCUCAUUUCAUACUGAUACAAACCCCGAAUACGAGGAUUUGAUAUAUUACAGCCACCGCAGUCCAUUAACAGAGACCGGACAUUACGGUGAUGAGGUUUCAAAUGAUGUAGUAAGCUUGGAGCAGGCUAAAGGACAAAUGUCUAAGAAGAGAAUGUUAUCUUGGAAGAAGAGAAAACUCAGUUUUAGAUCUCCUAAACAGAAAGGCGAACCUCUUCUUAAAAAGGAUUGUCUUGAAGAAGGAGGUGAUGAUAUCGAUUUUGACCGCAGACAACUAAGUUCAUCCGAUGAGUCUAACUCUGAUUGGUAUAGGUCUGAUGAUGCAAUCAUGAAACCAUUAUCCCAGUUUGGAGAUGAUGAUUUCGUUGUUGGUAGUUGGGAAACCAAAGAAAUUAUAAGCCGUGAUGGGCUGAUGAAACUCACGGCUCGAGUAUUUCUCGCAUCAAUUGAUCAGAGAAGCGAGAGAGCUGCUGGAGAAAGCGCCUGCACAGCCCUAGUUGCAGUGAUGGCACAUUGGUUAGGAUCCAACCGAGACAUAAUCCCAACAAGGUCAGAGUUUGACAGUCUUAUCAGAGAAGGAUCAUCCGAAUGGAGAAAUAUGUGCGAAAACGAGGAAUACCGGGAACGGUUUCCAGACAAACAUUUCGAUCUCGAGACGGUUCUCCAGGCAAAAGUCAGACCCAUCUGUGUAGUCCCUGAGAAAUCAUUCAUCGGGUUUUUCCAUCCAGAGAAAUCAGAGGAAGAAGACGCUAGUCUAGAUUUUCUCAAAGGUGUAAUGUCCUUUGACAGUAUCUGGGAAGAGAUCAUGAAGCAAGAACCAGAAGAGUCGGCAUGUGAACCUGUGAUCUACAUUGUAAGCUGGAAUGACCAUUUCUUCGUACUCCUCGUGAACCAUGAUGCUUAUUACAUCAUAGACACGCUUGGAGAGAGGCUCUAUGAGUGUUGCAACCAAGCGUAUGUCUUGAAAUUUGACAAAGAUGCAGAGAUCCAAAGAUUACCAUCUGUCGUCAAAGACAACAAAGCCGACAUGGGAAACCAGAAACAAGGUGGUAAGACCAAGUCUGAGCAACCGGAAAGAUCAAAAGAGUCAGAUGAACAAGAAGUAGUAGUGUGUAGAGGUAAAGAAUCAUGUAGAGAGUAUAUAAAGAGCUUUCUGGCCGCGAUUCCGAUACAGCAAGUUAAAGCUGAUAUGAAGAAAGGACUAGUUUCGUCUUUGCAUCACCGUCUUCAAAUAGAGCUUCACUACACAAAACACCUUGAUGACCACCAAGCCAAUCUGCUUGAAUCCUGUGCAACCAAAGAAACUGUGUCUGAAGCUGCAGUGUCUGUGACAGUGGCUUGGUCAUUGGCGAGCCAAUUCAGCAAUAGUGGUGGGUUUGGUUGCGAAAUGGCUGAGCUUUUGGGGGUAAAAGUUUAAGAGAAUUGUAUAGAGAAAAGGAGUUUCCCUUUGUGUGAAUUUUGAUGUUUAUAACAUGAUAACCGUCUUGCUGUUUUUCUGGCUAAUUUGAUGCUCAUAAUGUCUUCUUCUGUGGAGAGAGACUUUUCCUCCUCUCCUAGACACCAAUAAUUUGUAUUUAGGAAAUUUACCAGAGUUAUUAUAAGUA